AUGUUGCACUCUAAUUUAGGUGCUCUGAAUCACAUCUGGAAGAGCCUACUUAUGUCUGAAUUACGCUGGAAGCUUAAGGAGGCUGCACAGUUAGUUGAUCUGAAGUCUGAACUGACAGAAACACAGGCAGAGAAGGCAGUGCUGGAAAAGGAAGUGCACGAUCAGCUGCUGCAACUCCAUGCUGUUCAGCUUCAGCUACAUGCCAAGACUGGUCAGAGUGUUGAUUCUGGGGCAAUUAAGGCAAAACUGUCUGUCCUUUCUGUGGAUGAAAUGGAGAGAGAACUUGAAGCUAAUAAGAAAGAAAAAGUGAAAGAAGCUCAGUUGGAAGCUGAGGUGAAGUUGCUGAGGAAGGAGAACGAAGCCCUUCGUAGACACAUAGCUGUGCUUCAGGCUGAGGUUUAUGGAGCAAGAUUGGCAGCCAAGUAUUUAGAUAAGGAACUGGCUGGAAGGGUCCAGCAGAUUCAGUUACUGGGCCGAGAUAUGAAAGGACCUGCUCAUGACAAGCUCUGGAAUCAGCUGGAAGCAGAAAUCCACCUUCACCGUCACAAAACUGUUAUUAGAGCUUGCCGAGGCCGGAACGAUCUAAAACGACCAAUGCAAGCACCACCAGGACAU